CAAGAGGACCCAGAGCCUCCACAGAUUAAAGAGGAACAGGAGGAGCUCUGCAGCAGUCAGGAGGGAGAGCAGCUUGGACAUAAGCAGGAGACUGAUCCCUUUAUGUUGACUCCUACUUAUGAGGAAAGGGACCACAGUGAAACAGAACCAACCAGUGACCAGCAGCUUCUCUGUCACAGCUCUGCUGUAGUUGAAAGCCAGGAUCAGGAAGGAAGCCAGCAUGGAGACUCAGGAUCAGCCAGUCACAGUCGUAAUGUGGACACCUCUCCCCUGUCAGAGACUCAGUCUAAACCUCCCACAGGUAAAAAGUCUGUCAAGUGUGACACUUGUGAUAAAGUUUUUAAGUGGAAGUCUGAAUUGGAUAGACAUUUAAGAAUCCACACAGGUGAGAGGCCGUAUUGUUGUCAAACCUGUGGAAAAAGCUUCAUACAACGGACAAGCUUGGUGAUCCAUAUGAGAAUCCACACAGGUGAGAGGCCGUAUUCUUGUCAAACCUGUGGAAAAAGCUUCACACAACAGACAGGCUUGGGGAUCCAUAUGAGGACCCACACAGGCAAAGACACUGCUAACUGGGAGGGAGACGGCAGGCUGGGCGAUGAUGGGCAUUUGGCCUCAUAUUGCUGAUGGCUGUGUAUGGAGACCACAACCCUCCAGAGGUGGCCACGGAUAUUUACCACUGUCUUUAACAGCAAGAAGACUGGGAUAAUGAACAGUAUUGAAACAGUUGUGCUGGAGACAAAAUAUCCUCAAAGAGGAGAAAAAAACCAUAAAACCCAGAAAUGCUAGAUCAGUUCUGGAGGCAUUGUACUGAGCAGGGACUUAAAAGUUAUGCAAUGACACAGUAUUUGUUCUAAUGUUGUGCAAAUUGUUUCAAAACUACUCAAACAAUUGUGACACCAAAUACAUCCUUCCACAUCACCGCCGUUUACUGACCAGUUUCACAUGUCACAUAUCUGGGACGAUUUUUGCUACAUCUGCUGUUGCUCAUAUAUAAAUCAAGUGUAACGUUAAGUAGAAGGUGCUUUUCGUGUUUGAUACUGGUUAAACCGUUGUCCAAGCUCCACGGUUAACAGACAAAAAUUGUCAUUUAUAUUUACUUGAUAUCUGUACUUAGUGUGGUGUAAAAUUUACAAAUAAAACCCUAUAAUGAGCUCCUAAAAAAUUCCUAAAUAUGUUUAUACAUGUGUGAAUUAAGUAAAACAUUCAUAUUUAUUUAAAAUUUGUUUGUAUUUCUUUUUUUCGCUUUUUAUGUCUCAGUUUAAAACUGAACUCACGUCCACCUUACGGCGAGGGCAUUCUUAUGGUUGUUAUGUUCCGCCAGCCUGUAUGAAAACAUUUAGCUAAGGUAUUCUGUGCCUGAUAUAAAGAGGUUAUUUGUUUUGUCCUGUUGAGGGCAGUAUAACAUCUCAUGGUGCAUAUGGUUGUGUUGGUUACAACAAAUAAACAAAUAGUUAUAAUCACAGUUAUAAUAAUAUAGUUACAAGUUAAUAUAAAAUGAAGUGUGUAGAUUACACAUAGACAUUACAAGAGCUAAGGUAUUCUGUGCCUGAAAUAAUGUCCUU